UAGCCGGUGUGCCAGUCAGUGCGGCGAUGUCGACGGCGAACGACGUUUCGGCGGUACGGUUCGGCCGGUGGUGGUGGUGCUGGCGGAGACGAAGGAGGAGUACUACCUGCGGGUCAACGAUGCCGACGGGAUACUCGAAGACGAUCGUCCUCCUCGGUGUACUCGCGGUGAUAUGCGCCCUUCUGGGCACCGUGGACGCCCUAGCGAAGACGAAAUCGGACGAGCCGCGUAGCAAAGGCCCUCACAAGGACGCGGAGCCUGUCAUCGAGGAAGUCAACGCGAAACAGCUCGAGCGACUCCUCAACGAGAAGGAUUUUGUUGCCGUGUAUUGGUAUGCGAGAAGCUGUACGACAUGCGACAAGGUGCUGGCCGAACUGGAGAAGAUCGACGACGACACGGAUCAUUUCGGGGUCGACUUCGUCAAAAUCAACGACAAACGACUGGCCAAGCAGUAUGGCAUCAAAACCUUCCCGGCCCUCACAUAUUUCCGCGAGAGAGAACCAAUCAUUUACGAAGGUGACUUGAUGGACGAAGAAAACGUGCUAGACUUCCUGACGAGUCUGGAAGCUAUGGAUCUGCCCGAUCGUAUCGAAGAGGUAAACUCGAAAAUUCUGGAGAAGAUCGUCGAGGAUACGGAAUUCGUGGCAGUCCUUUUCUGUCCGGAUACGCAGCGGUGUGCUGGCGUCGGUUCUAACAAACCAGACUGCAAAAAGUGUCUGAAGGCCCUUCAAGAAUUGGAGAAUAUCGACGACGAGGCCGACCAAUUGGGAAUCGGUUUCGUGAAGAUCGCGGACGAACAGCUAGCGGACGAGUACAAUCUGGGCCCACUUCCGGUUCUGGUCUACUACAGACACCAGAUUCCCAUCAUUUAUGAACACGAGCUCAGCCGUGAAGAGGACGUGCUGGAAUGGCUGGUGGCAAACAAGAGCACAGGAGACGAAGAGGACGUGAUCGAGGACGUCACCGCGAAGACCCUACAGACCCUGAUAGGGAACAUCGACAACUUGGUCGUUCUAUUCUACGACCACGGUGACGAGGAUUCGAUGCAGGUACUGAACGAGCUGGAGAAGAUCGACGAUGACUGCGACAAACACGGGAUACAGUUCGUGAAGAUCGACGACGAGAAGGCGGCAAAGGAUUUCGGAAUCGAUUCAGUCCCGGCGAUCGUCUACUUCGAGAAGCAGAUCCCGAACGUUUACGACGGGGACGUCGAGAACGAGGACGAAAUUCUGGAGUGGUUGUUGUCGCAACUGGAGAAGGAUGAGAUCGAGGACGUCACCGACGAAAUGUUGGAUCGUCUGAUCAAAGACGGGAAGACUCUGGCCGUGCUGUUCUACGACAACAACGAUCGGAAGUCUCAGAAGAUUCUGAAUGAAUUGGAAAACAUCGACGACGAGUGCGAUCAGCUCGGAGUUAUCUUCGUGAAGAUAGACAACGCGGAGGAAGCGAAGGAGUACGGUAUCGAGAAGGUUCCCAGCAUGCUCUAUUUCGAGAAGGGUAUACCGACUUUGUACGAGGGCAAUUUAGAAGACGAGGAGAAGGUUCUGAAGUGGCUCGAGCAACAGAAGAAGAGCGACCACAUCGAGGACAUUACCGACGAGAUGCUCGACAUGGUUAUCGAGAAGAUGCCACACGUGGCCGUCCUAUUCUACGACAAGGAACAGAAGAAGAGUCAGAAGAUCCUCUCCGAACUGGAGAACAUCGACGAUGACUGCGACCAACAUAACAUAGCGUUCGUGAAGAUUAACGACCUGGACGAGGCCAAGGAAUACGGCAUCGAUAAUUUCCCGACGCUGGUGCUCUUCGAGAAAAGAAUACCGCACAUAUACGAAGGGGACCUGAUGAACGAGGAUCAGCUGCUGGGUUGGUUACUGCAUCAGAAGAAGCAUACCGAGAUACCGGAAGUGACGGACGAGAUGAUGGAGAAGCUAAUUGAGACCUCACCGUACUUGGCAGUCCUGUUUUACGACAAGGACGACAAGCAGGACAUACGGAUCCUGAACGAGCUGGAGAACAUAGACGACGAGCUGGAGAAGGAGGGUAUCGUGAUCAUUCGAAUGGACAACGAUGCCGAGGCGAAGGAGUACGGUAUAGAUCAUCUGCCGACUUUGGUCUACUUCGAGAACAAGAUACCAGCCAUUUACGAGGGAGAUCUCUUGAACGAGGACGAGGUCCUCGAGUGGCUCGUCGAGCAGAAGAAUACCGCCACCAUCGAGGAGGUCACCGAUGAGAUUCUGUCCGAUCUGAUCGAAGAACACGAAUACGUUGUCGCGUUUUUCAGCGGUGACUGCGACGACGGAGACGAAUGCGACAAAGUGCUCGAGGGACUCGAAAACAUAGACGACGAGCUGGACGAGACCGGCAUCAUCUUCGUCACGACGGAAGACACUGGCUUCGCGAAAAAACACGGGAUCAAGAGCUUCCCCACGUUGGCGUUCUUCAGAAACAAGGAGCCGUUGAUCUUCAAGGGCGACAUCGAAGACGAGGACGAAGUAUUGUCGUGGAUCACCGACGAAGACACCCUCGAAAUCCCCGGAAAGAUCGAGGAAGUGAAUGGGAAAAUGUUGGAAAACAUACUCGAGGAGAACGAUUACAUCGUCAUCUUCUUCUACAAAGAGGGUGACAAGAAGAGCCAGAAAAUCCUACAGGAACUGGAGAACAUCGACGACGAGUGCGAGGAGAAGGACAUUGAUUUCGUGAAGAUCUCCGACGAGGGGAUCGAGAAGGAAUACGAUCUACCUGGUCUGCCAGCGUUGGCGUUCUAUAGGCACAAAUUCCGCCAGGUCUAUAACGGUGACAUGAUGCACGAGGAGGCCAUAUUGGAAUGGAUCCUAGAUCUUCGUACUCAAACCCCAGACGUGAUCGAAAGCGUCGACAGAAAGACGCUGCAGGUGCUAAUCAACGACGUCGAGCAUCUAGCUGUAUUCUUUUACGACAAUAAAUGCGAAACGUGCCCCGAGAUUCUCGAGGAGCUAGAAACCAUUGACGAUGACACAGACAAACACGGUAUUCAGUUCGUUAAGUCGAACGACGCAAAAUUAGCCGCGGAAAUCGGUGUGUUUUCGUUCCCGGCUCUCGUUUAUUACGAGACUGGCGUCCCCAUCAUGUACGACGGUAAUCUGCUCGACGAGAGCGAGGUGCUCGAUUGGAUGGUGAAGCAGAAGACGGACGAGAGCAUCGAGGAGAUCGAUCGUGACACCCUCGCCACGUAUAUCGAGACCAAAGAAUUCCUGGCUGUCAUUUUCUACAAGGAGGAAGAUCCAGAGAGUCCCAGAGUGCUCAGGCACGUCGAGCUGAUCGACGACGAGGCUGCCGAGUACGGAAUAAAGAUCGUCAGGAUGAAGGAUCGACUUAUGGCGAAGAAGUACGGUUUUAGGAAUCCGCCGGGUAUCACGUACUUCCGGAAGGGCAAGAACAUCAACUACGACGGGGACAUCGACGACGAGGAGGAGAUCCUCGAUUGGCUGACGAACCCCGAGAACAUGGAGCUCACCGAUCACAUCGAACGUAUCAAUAAGAAGAUGUUCCAGAAGAUACGACAGACGACCGAUUAUCUGGCUGUGUUCUUCUACAGCAACGACUGCAAACAGUGCGGCAGGGUGCUGGUAGAGAUCGAGCACAUCGACGACGAGGCUGACGGAGCGGGGAUAAAGUUCGUGAAAAUCGACGACAAACAGUUGUCCAAGCAGUACGGUGUUUUCGCCCUGCCCGCCAUAUUGUUCUUUAAGAUGUCCUCGAAGGAGCCAGUUAUUUACGCAGGUGAUUUGUACGACGAGGAGCAGAUUCUCCAGUGGCUGAUGACGCAGAAGGAUCCAUCCGGUGAGGUAAUCGAGGAUCUGGAAGGGGAGGAUCUUCUAAAUUUGAUAAGAGAAUCGGAAUCGUUGGCGGUAUACUUCUGGAACAGAACGCUUUGCGACUUGUGUCAGGCAAAAUACCAACGCAAGCAGGGCCGCCACAAGGAGCGCAGGAUCGUCGAACACGAGGCGACCGAGGAACUCGAUGACGUCGAGGAUUGCGAGCAGUGCGUGGGGAUUCUGGAGGAGCUGGAAAAUAUCGACGACGAUUGCGACAGGCACGGUAUCACGUUCGUUAAGACACAAGACUAUAAAGUAGCAGAGGAUUACGGAGUCACCGAGUUCCCCGUGCUAGUGUAUUUCGAGAAUCAAGUGCCCAACAUGUUCGAAGGCGAAUUGUCAGUGGAGGAGGAAGUGUUGCAAUGGCUGAUCACUCAGAAAACCGAAGAUCGGAUCGAACUGAUAACCAGAGUGAUGCUGGAAACGUCUGUCGAGGAGACGCAGUACCUUGCGGUCUACUUCUACAAGCAAAACUGUCACAUAUGCGACGAAAUUUUGGAGGGAUUGGAGAAGAUCGACGACGAGUGCGACGUGUUCGGUAUCCACCUGGUGAAAAUUCAGGACCCCCAGCUGGCGAAACGAUACUCGAUCAAAACGUUCCCCGCCCUAGUCUACUUCAGAAACGGCAAUCCGCUUUUGUUCGAAGGUGAUUUGCAGAACGAACAGUCGGUUCUCGAAUGGUUGAUCGACGACGACAAUCGAGAACUGGCGGACGAGAUCGAAUCCGUUAACGAGAGGAUGCUGGAGAGGCUUCUCGACGAGUCUCCGUUCCUAGCAGUUUUCUUCUACGACGAAGACUGUCCCGAGUGCAACGACAUCAUGGAAGCUCUGGAGAAGAUCGACGGCGAGGCGGACUUGUUCGGUAUAGAUUUCGUGAAGGUGUUUGGCACCGAGGCUGCCGAGAAAUACGGAAUUCUCAACGUCCCGUCGCUGGUUUAUUUCCGUAAAAAGACCCCGCUGAUCUACGACGGCGAUCUAACGCAGGAGGACAAGAUCCUCCAGUGGCUGACGUCCCAGGACGUUUUCGAGAUCAAGAACGAGAUCGAGGAGGUGAACAAGAAGAUGCUGGACAAGCUGCUGGAUGAGAACGAAUUCCUGGCCGUCUUCUUCUACGAACACGACAACAAAGAGAGCGAGGAGGUGAACGAGAAACUGGAGGACAUCGACGGAGAGACGGACAACUUGGACAUCACGUUCGUCAAGAUGGCCGAUCCAAGAUACGCCAGGAAAUGGGGCGUCACCAAGCUCCCUGCCAUCGUCUACUUUCGCAAAAGAUUCCCGAGUAUCUAUCGAGGCGACAUGCACAAGGAACAAGACGUGCUCGAAUGGCUGCGCAAGAACAGGUACCGUCAACCGGAGCUGAACAUCUACAUGUACAUGCUGAUCGCCAUCACCGUCCUGUUCGCCAUGUACACCGGUUUCCUGUUGUCGUGCUUCCGGUCGGAGCCAGCGGCGGCCGCGCCGCAUCCAAAGCAAGCGUGAAAAACUCGAGCGAGACGAGAGCCGGGAAAUGCAAGAAAGUGUACAGAGACUCCGUGGACUGUUGCUGCGCGAACGUGCGUUGUUGUUGCUCUGACUUGUUUCACUUACGCCUGACAAACGCUGUUCGUCCGGAACGAACGCCUACCGAUCCUAUACGGCAUCGACCACCGCCAUUAUUCUCGCUGGCCGAUCCGACGAACGACAACACGUUACUUUAGCCGCGUACUAUGUUCGAAUCGUCCGUGACCUAUUUCGCAGCGAAGCACGAAUCGUGAUCGAUGAGAGGAUCACGGGUAACGAUGUGCGUGUAAACGUGGACCAAGUCCAUCGCCCUUUCCUAUGGAAAAAUUCAGACCUGAAAUUUCGAAAGCGCGAGCGAUUUAUGAGGGGCUGAGCAACGUGGAUACGAAAGCGCCAUGGUGGUCGAAGCGAUCGAGUAAUCGUUUACUCGAAACCACUGUGCUCUAGGCGAAUUAUCGUUAUCGCGUGAUUAAUAUCUAUCAUUACACGUUCGUUAUGUUUUUUUUAUCCGCGUUCAAAUCACCAUGUCGCGACGCUUUGUUUAAUACGGGUUUAUUCUAUGCGCUUCGUAACGACGUAUCGUACCGUACUGCGAUCGUGUAUCAGAAAUUCUUUGCUGUGUUUUAGAGUGAAUAAAUUCAUCGACGCGAAUACACUGUCGCGAUUUAAGGAUUGUUGGAAGAUCGAUAAUUGUCGGCGAGUAAUUUGCAACUAUAAUCCUAAUGAUUCUUCUUCUUUUUUUUUUUUUCUUUUCUUUUCGUGCUCGUUAGCGCAACAAUUUACCGUCGUCGUCGACGGUACCGACAAUGGUCUUAGACGCGGUUGAUCACCUUUGGUCCACGUGCAUCACGUUCGCGAAGAUGAUUGUUACGGCCGUUGCGUUAAUCCGCGUUUCUUUCUGGGUCCUCUGCGACGACAAGCCGGUACCAACUACCGUUACGGAAACGAAAGAGUAAAGAUUGUACACGCGACGUGUAAUUACCGCCCAUCGAAGUCCACGAAGGGGGCUAACGAUGUUAACGGAUCAUGAGGAAUAAAAAAAAAAAACGAACCCUUGGACCAAUUCCAAUCUGUUUAAGUGCCACUACCGUCUGCCAAUUGUAAAUAAUGUAAUAGUGUGAACGAUGCAUUAUAUAAAAGUAAAUACGAUGGUUUUCCUUUA